AAGUAUUUGAUUGUUUUAUGGGAUUGAGAUUGGGAUUGGGAGAAUUUUUCCUAAUAACUUUUGCCGCGUAGGUAUGGCUGUGGUACGCACUUUUUUGCCUCUUUGGAGGUUAACGCAAAUCUAGAACAACCAGAUUUCGGUGCCCCAAUUUCAGAGAGAAGUACAACACCAAAAUUGUGGCAAAAUCUGAAUCUCCCCUCAAUUUUGCUCAACUCUCUGCUCUCUCGCUCGUUUUAGGUAUCAAAAAGGCGAUUUAUCAAGAAGAGCGAAGGAUUAGGUCAUACUGUAUUGUUUUCGAAUGGGGAAAGGUACGAAAAGCAAGUCUGGGUCUCACCAGAUAUUCAAAGACAGAGCUAAGAACCGCGUGGAGGACCUUCAUGGAAUGUUCACAGAUCUGCAGUCGGCAAGGAAGGAGAGCCGAAGCAUUGAUGUUGCUGUUCUCGAAGAACAAGUUAAUCAGAUGCUCAAAGAAUGGAAGAAUGAACUCAACGAGCCUUCCCCUGCUUCUUCUUUACAACAGGGUGCGAGUGUAGGACCCUACUCCCCUGACAUAAGCAGACUUUUACAGCUAUGUGAUGAAGAAGAUGAUGCAACCAGUGGGUUAGCUGCCCCAUAACCUGAUCCAGAUAAUGGGUUGCAGGGUUUUACUGUUAAUCACACAAGUCAAGAACAAAGCUUCCAGUUACUUGAUCAAUGCAAAGGUUCUCCUUCAGGUGUUAACAAUACAGAUAUCACGAAUCAAUUGGAUUACUUUUCAUUUGAUUUACCCCAUGAUUUUGAACAAAACUUCUUUACUGGAAUUGAUGGCAUGGGACUAUGCACAAGGGGAGAAGACACAUCAUCACCUCAAAUCACCACCUUUCUUCCCACUUUAUCCCCUCCCCCUUCUGCUUUUUUGGGACCAAAAUGUGCCCUUUGGGAUUGUCCCAGACCUGCACAAGGCUGGUGUUCUGAUAGGCCUGUUCAAGGUUGGUUUCCUGACUAUUGCAGCAGCUUGCAUGCUGCAAUUGCUCAAAAUGAAGGCCGAUUUGGGAUGACACCUGUCAUUCGCCCUAAAGGCAUUGAGUUGAAAGACACUUCUUUUGCUGCCCUUAGUGCAAAAACACAAGGGAAAGAUGUUGGAGUUCCUGAAUGUGAAGGAGCUGCCACUGCAAAGUCCCCAUGGAAUGCCCCUGAGCUGUUUGAUCUUUCGGUUUUUGAGGGGGAAACAAUACGUGAGUGGCUGUUCUUUGAUAAGCCAAGAAGGGCAUUUGAGAGUGGAAACAGAAAACAAAGAUCACUCCCUGAUUACAACGGGCGUGGUUGGUAUGAAUCAAGAAAACAAGUGAUUAAUGAAUCUGGAUGGCUAAAAAGGUCAUAUUACAUGGACCCACAGCCCAUGAAGUUUCUUGAAUGGCAUUUAUACGAGUAUGAAAUCAGCAAAUGUGAUGUGUGUGCUUUGUAUAGAUUGGAAUUGAAGCUUGUUGAUGGGAAGAAAAGUCCAAAGGGAAAGAUUGCAAAUGAUUCACUUGCUGAUCUUCAAAAGCAAAUGGGAAGACUUACUGCUGAGUUUCCAUUGGAUAAUAGUUAUAAUAAUAAAAGGUCUGUUAAAGAGGGAAAGGGGAAUUUGAAAGACAAGAGUGGAGGUGCAACUGUGUAUCCAAUGGUGGCAAGUGAUGAUGGUGCGCCAUUUAACUAUCUUGUUGAUGAUGUUGGUGGGUAUUACUUAACAUAAAUUUUGGUCAAAGUUUUGGUCAAAGUGGUGUUUUGUGUUUAAUGGUAUAAGGUGAAAGUCAAAGAUUAGCGGAUUGUGAAAUGUGCUUGAUUUUAUGGGGGAGCACUAUUCUAACUGUUGGGGGAGAUGGUAUAUAAAAACAGAAGAUGGCUGCUGCUUACUUUUGUUUUA